AUGAAGUUUCACGUUGCAAAACGGAAGUUUAAGGAAACAUUACGCCCGUAUGACGUAAAAGACGUCAUCGAACAGUAUUCUGCUGGUCACCUGGACAUGCUGUGCAGAAUUAAAAGCCUGCAAACACGUGUGGAUCAAAUUCUUGGAAAAGGGCAAAUCACAUCAGAUAAGAAGAGCAGAGAGAAAAUAACCGCAGAGCAUGAGACCACAGAUGACCUCAGCAUGCUCGGCCGAGUGGUCAAGGUUGAAAAACAGGUCCAGUCCAUCGAGGCCAAGCUGGACUGCCUGCUGGACAUCUACCAGCAGGUCCUGCGGAAAGGCUCCGCGUCGGCCCUCGCGCUGGCCCCCCUGCAGACCCCGCCUUUCGACUGUCAGCAGACCUCGGACUAUCAGAGCCCGGCCCCGCCCGGUGGCCGCCUGCCCCGCUCAGCCAGCGCGGGCCUGGCUCGGGGCCUGCAGCUCAUCCUCACGCCCGGCGAGCUGGGCGCGCAGACCUUGUACGCGCUGAGCCCCGCGGCGGCCCAGGGGCCCGGGAGCCCGGGGGAUGGCCCGGCAGUGGCGGGGGUGGGCGCGGCCCGGCCGGCGGCUCCCGCCACCCUGCAGAUCCCGGCCCCGCUGCCCGCCCUCGGGGCCCUGGCCCCCGGCCCCGCGGGCCCGCACGAAGGCCUCCCCGACGUCUCCGCCCGCCUCGAGGCCGCCAAGGAGCGCGCACUGCGCCAGAGCCUCGACCUGGACGGCGCGGCCCUGCUGUCCGUCCGGCCCACGGCGGCCCAGGACCGGGGCAAGUCGGCAUCGGUGCAGAACCUGAUCCGGUCCGCGGAGGACCUGGACGUGCCACUGUCGGGGAGCGAGUCCAGCGGCUCCAGGGGCAGCCAAGAUUUUUACCCCAAAUGGAGGGAAUCCAAAUUGUUUAUAACUGAUGAAGAGGCGGGUCCGGAGGAGACCGGGUCGGACGCCUUGCACGCGGGGCCGCCGGCCCAGGAACCCGCCCUGGCGUCGGACUGUCUCAGGACUGGACGGUCCCGAUCAUCUCGGAACACGGGAGCCGCGGAGGCCCUCGGCCGGGCCCACGCCAGGCUGAAAUGA